AUGCCCUCGGCCGUUGCUCAGAAUGGCCACAGCGCCCUCUGUGACAGGACCAAUGACUCUUCCGAGUCACAAUCUCACUCUGACUCAAUUCCUCCGCAUCCUCUAGGACUCAAGCCCCUAGGCAACCAGUAUCUCUUCACGGGUCGCAAUGCUCGACGCUCGGUCGGUGCGUGGGGCUUCCUCCCAGACGAGGUUAUCAUGCUGGUCUUGGAGCAUUUUGACGCCUCAGCCCUCCUGAAACUUGGCCACACGUGCAAGUUUUUCUACGCCUUUUGCCACUCAGACGAGUUAUGGAAGCCUCUUUUCCUGCAGUCACCACCCAAAGACAGCAAAGACAUUCGAUGGCAAGGAUCGUGGAGGUCAACAGUUCUCGGGUUCCCGGGUGGCCAGGAGAUCAAGAUUGACUGCAGCAACGUCUUCUCAGAUGUCCUACAUCGACCAUUUGCUUGCAGUCAUGUGGCUCUCUCUCAGUUCUCCUCCAACAUUCCCAAGGCAAACCAAAUCCGUCGGUUCGACAACUUGACGUACGAGCAGUAUGCCGAGAAAUGGACUGAGCAACCGUUCAUCCUUACGAAAUGCAUCCAGGAAUGGCCAGUGUGUUCGGGAUGGACUAUCGAUUCACUACUCGAAAAGUAUGCCCAGGUCGAGUUCCGCGCCGAGGCCGUCGACUGGCCAUUCGCAACCUACUGCAACUAUAUGAAGAACAACAAGGACGAGAGCCCUCUGUACUUGUUUGAUCGCAAGUUUGCGGAAAAGAUGGGCAUCACGGUGGGCCGUGAUAAGCCAGAUGCUGCAUACUGGAGACCAGACUGUUUCGGUCCUGACCUGUUCGAGGUUCUCGGUGAUGAACGGCCUGCCCAUCGUUGGCUGAUCAUUGGACCUGAGAGAAGCGGUUCGACUUUUCACAAGGACCCCAACGCGACGAGUGCCUGGAAUGCUGUGAUCCAGGGAGCCAAAUACUGGAUCAUGUUCCCUCCCACGACCGAGGUUCCCGGAGUCUACGUGUCCCAGGACAGCAGCGAGGUGACGAGCCCCCUCAGUAUCGCCGAGUGGCUUCUUACCUUCCACGAAGAGGCACGGCAGCUCCCUGAGUGUAUCGAGGGCAUCUGCGGGACAGGCGAAAUCCUGCAUGUGCCAAGUGGAUGGUGGCACCUGGUGGUCAACCUCGAGAACGGCAUUGCCCUGACCCAAAACUUUGUGCCUCAGUCACCGAGCUUGAACUUGGUGUCAGAGGUCAUCUCGUUCCUGAGGGACAAGGCCGAUCAGGUCAGUGGUUUCGAUGACGACGUUAGAGAUCCCUUUGGGCUCUUCACAGCGCGGAUGAAGACCAGCUACCCAGAUGUCCUGGAGAGGGCGUUGGACUUGGCCGAUAGAAAGAGCGGGAAGAAGCGCAAGUGGGAUGCUGCAGUUGGUGGAACCGAAGAUGAGCAGCAAGGGGGCGGAGGCGGCUUCAGCUUUGGUUUUGGAGGAGAUGACGAUGACGAGAUACCCUGA